AUGGCUUCAACAAAGAAGAUCGUUCUUAAGAGCUCUGAUGGCGAGGCGUUUGAGGUUGACGAAGCUGUGGCUUUGGAAUCGCAAACUAUAAAACACAUGAUUGAAGAUGAUUGUGCUGAUAGUGGAAUCCCGCUUCCGAAUGUCACCAGCAAGAUUUUGGCGAAGGUGAUUGAGUUUUGUAAGAAGCAUGUUGAUGCUGCGGCUGCUGAUGAUAAGCCUAGUGAGGAUGAACUUAAAGCUUGGGAUGCGGAGUUUGUUAAGGUUGAUCAGGUUACCCUGUUUGACCUCAUAUUGGUGUAUUUUGUGUUUUCUUGUUUGAUAAGAAACUGUGAUGAUGACUGGGUAAGUAUCAUGGGAUUUCCAAUUCCCAAGUCCAAUGUGGGGUUAUCAGCUGCUAACUAUUUAAACAUCAAGAACCUGCUUGAUCUUACAUGCCAGACUGUAGCAGACAUGAUCAAAGGAAAGACACCUGAAGAGAUCCGUAGGACCUUCAACAUAAAGAAUGACUUCACACCAGAGGAAGAGGAGGAAGUUCGUCGUGAAAACCAGUGGGCUUUUGAGUGA